GCCACACGCCAGGGUGGAUCUGGGAGCCUGAACGUCUUCAGGCUUCACCCGACGCCUUUCGGCUUGCUGCGGUCCCGGUCCGCAUGCGUCAGCGAAAGCGGAAGUCACGGAGGAGGACUUCACCUCCCGAUAGUGACGCGUCAGCCCCGCCAUCCCUCUUUCACGGACACAGCCACUUCCAACCCGUCCAGGACUCUUCUCCCGUGUCUGGUAACUCUUUUUUUUAUUCCUCAUCUCACUCCUCCGACUGGCCUGGUAGCGUCACCUGAGCAGAGUGGAGAUGAAGAUUUUUUUUUAGAGCAUGCACUCCCUCAGUCGUCCACAGGGGACGUGAAUAGCUCCCUUACACUCCUUAAAUACAUUUGUUUUCAAUCCCAAUAUAAGUCUUUAUUUUCUGAAACCCCUCCACAUGUGACUUGGCCCCCUUCCCCAGGGACUUUUCCUCCCACCCUGUCUACCUCUUUCUGUUCCUCCCCCCACCCACCCCUAGAGGUAGUUGUAGACCAUGGAGAGAGUGUCUGGCAUCCGCUUGUGGACAGGGUGGCUCAUGCUGGUAGCUGUGCUACGGAGGUAGCACAGUGGCGUUCAGCCAAGCCUCUUCCUCCACAAAGACCUCCUCCGCCAGUUUUUCGUCCCGUCAGACUGCAGCCUCCUGUGCGUCCUCCUCCACCGGUAUUCCAGCUAGCACCUCCUAGGCCGCCUCCACCGGCACCACGGCUAGCUGUAGCUAGUCCCAGUUCUAGUCCCAGUUCUUGUCUCAGUUCUAGCCCAAGUCACAGUCACAUUCCUAGUCCUAGCCAUAGUCACAGUUUGAGUCCUGGUCCUAGUCAUAGUCUUGUUCUUAGUCCUUGUCCUAGUCCUAGUCAGAGUCUUAUUCAUAGUCUUAGUCCUUGUAGUAGUCUUUGUCAUAGUUCGAGUCCUGGUCCCUGUCCUUGUCCUAGUCACAGUCGUAGUCCUAGUCGUAGUUUGAGUUCAAGUCUUAGUCCUAGUCCAUGUCAGACUUCUAGUCCAGGUCUGGAUUACACUCCAGCACCUGACGUCAUGCUGGAUCCCACUCCAGCACGGGACUUCAUGCUGGAUCCCACUCCAGCACCUGUUCUUCAGCUGAGACCAGUGCCGGCUCCUCGGCUGAGACCAGUGCCGGCUCUUCGGCUGAAACCAGUGCCGGAUCCUCUGCCAAAACCAGUGCCGGAUCCUCUGCCGGCUUCUGCACCUGCUCCUCUGCCGGCUUCUGCACCUGCUCCUCUGCCGGCUUCUGCACCUGCUCAUCUGCCGGCUUCUGCACCAGCUCCUCUGCCGGCGUCUGCACCAGCUCCUCUGCCGGCGUCCACGCCUGACUCGUCUGCCGCGGCGUCCACGCCUGACUUGUCUGCCGCGGCGCCCACGCCUGACUCGUCUGCUGUGGCGCCCCCGCCUGACUCGUCUGCCGCGACGUCCCCGCCUGACUCGUCUGCCGCGACGUCCCCGCCUGACUCGUCUGCCGCGACGUCCCCGCCUGACUCGUCUGCCGCGACGUCCCCGCCUGACUCGUCUGCCGCGACGUCCCCGCCUGACUCGUCUGCCGCGACGUCCCCGCCUGAUUCGUCUGCCGCGACGCCACCGCCUGUCUCCACGACGACACCACCGGAUUCGGCUGCAGCAACCGCUCCGUCUUUGCCUGCUGCUUUCGGGCCUGCUUUGGCUGCAGUCCCCGCACCCUCGUCGGCAGCUUUCAAGCCUGCCAUGACGACGGCGCUGAAGCGUCCUCCUCCAUGUCGGCCACGGGUGCGGCCUCUACGGGGUCGUCCGCCCCGCCGGGCACUUCCUCCUCCACGUCUGCUACAUGUGUGGCCUCUACGAGGGCGCCCCCCAAGACUUUCACGUCAGCGCCGCCGCCACCUGGCUUGUCCUCGGUGGAUUCGGGGACAUGCGACCUGGUGACCCUCCACCGUGUCCUCCCUCCGCCCUCCCUUCAUGUUUGGACUUUUUUGUGUGGGGGGGUUCAUACUGGGACAUCUGGGAUCUGUCCCUUAGAGGGAGGCUUAUGUCAUGGUCCAAGUCAUGGACCAUGUCAUAUUCUGGUUUUGUUUCUGUUUUGUUAUCACAGCCUGUUUUGUAUUUGACAUCUUUAGUUCCCGGUUGCACUUCCUGGUUUGUUUCGGUUGCCUAGUUACGCAUUUAGUGUCACCUGUUUUUGAUCACGCGCACCUGCCCCUGAUGAUUUCUGCCCCUAUAUAUGCCUGUCUUUGUUUACCUUUCGUUCUCGGACUUUAGUUUGCCUCACGCAACAGAUGACGUCUCAUUCCCGCAUUGUGGUAAAGUACUUUUGUUAUUCGUUUAGCUUCCAGGCUAUUUUGUUUAUUUCCUUGUCCCUAGUUUAGAUACUAGCAAUUUCUGUUCUUUCUAGCUCCUAUGCUAAGUUCUGUUGGUUUGUCUAUAGUGCAAGUGUUUUUGUUAUUAGUUUGUUUUUGUAGUCAGGAAUAAAUCAUCAUUCCUACCUUUACGCUGUGUUCCAUCUCCGCUGCACCACGAGAAUGCAAACACACGCCACA